CUCUCUAAGAAGAUUAAAAUGUCUGUUUGAGUCUCCCCGGCUCAUGCAUGCUGGAGUCCCGUGUUGGUGAAGCAGAGAAGAUGAGCCUCGACUACAGCGUCUGGGACCACAUCUACGUGUCCGACGAUGAAGACGUCGCCUGUCCCUUCGUGGACACUCCGAGCUUGUUCAGGAUGAGACACCGGGAGCGGCUGGAGAAGAUGGCUGAGUUUCAGCAGAGAGGUGAAGACCUGCAAGAUAACUAUGUAGAAUGCCAGCAUCUGCUAGCGGAAGCUCAGAGACGCCUGGAAGACAUGGAAGAAGGAAAGAAGGAAGGAGAGGAUGAGGAGGAGAGAGAGGCUGAGCUGAAGAAAGUCCGGGCCGAGGUGAAGAAACUGAAGAAGGAUGAAAAGUCCUUUCAGAAACUGAUAGAGGAAUACCGGCAAGAAGAAAAGAAGUUACCUUGGAAUGUUGACACUAUCAGCAAAGAAGGUUUUAGCAAGAGUGUACUCAACAUCAAGCCUGUAAAAAAGGAGGAAGCAACAGAGGAGGAAAAUGUGGAAAAGCACAAGACCUUUGUGGAAAAGAAUGCCAAAGAAAUCAAACACUUUGGUAUGUUGCGACGUUGGGACGACAGUCAGAAAUAUUUGUCGGACAACCCACACCUGGUGUGUGAGGAGACGGCAAAUUGUCUAGUUGUCAUCUGCAUUGACUUUGAAAUAGAUGAGAAACAUGCACUCAUGGAGCAGGUUGCCCAUCAGGCCAUCGUCAUGCAGUCCAUCUUGGAUUUGGCUCGGACGCUGAAUGUUGACCCGAGAGGCUGCUUCAGACAGUUCUUCUCAAAAAUCAAAAUUGCAGAUAAGCCAUACCAAGAUGCUUUCAGCCGUGAGUUGGAGCUGCUAAAAGAUCGAGUCCGCAAAUGUGCACAGAUUAAAAUGGAGGGUGCGAUGAAGGAGCUGGAGGAAGAGGAGAUGCAGAAGAGACUUGGUCCAGGAGGUUUAGACCCAGUAGAGGUCUAUGAAUCACUUCCCCAGGAAUUUCAAAGGAGCUUUGAUGAGAAGAACAUUCAGAUGAUGCAGGAGGCGAUGGACAAGCUUGAUCCUGAGGAAGGACGAUACCAUCUGAUGAGGUGCAUUGAUUCAGGACUCUGGGUCCCUGAUAAAGGAGAGGGAGAGGUGGAGGAGGAGGAAGAGGAGGAAGAUUAUGAAUAAAACUGUCAACUAAACAACUCAUCACUUUAAGAAACCUUAUUUUAUGUGUUGUGUAAUGUUGUAUGUGGUUUUGUUAAGUAAGUGCAUUAUAAUGUACAUAAAAACUUGUACUUAAAAGGAGAUAACCUAAUUGUAAGGCCAGUAGAACUAUUUAAAUAAUCUUAAAUGUAUUUGUAUAAAAUGUAUACUGUAUAUGAAUAUUUGAUGACAAAUGGAAUAAAGACUUCAGCAAAUACUUUA